AUGGCGGUCACACGUGGGAAUAUCUGCCUGGUACUGAUAACUGGUUUUUUCGUCAACAAAGUGGAGUCGAGAAUAUUCGGAACUACCACCGCUGCACCGUGUGACCAACCCGCCCUUUUCGAAAACUGCCCUGGAGAUUCUCUUCCAUCCAACAGUCGUUUUGAUCCGCUCAUUGGGAAAUUCCAAUUAUCGUGCGAUGCAACGACUCAAAGGAAGGACCACUGUGUUAUUCUAGAUGACGAUAACAGGACAGAGUCUUUCCGUUGUCCUGAAAACCAUGUGUUGGUGGGUAGGGACGAACAGAAGCCAGUCUGUUGUCAGCUCAAAGGUAUUUGUCUCACCGAUUGCUUCAUACCGAAUGUACUGUAUUCUUUCAAACUUGGAUUUGAGUUUGAGAUUGAGGAAGGGUACGCUCUCGUCGGCAAGUACAGCUACGGAAGCUGUACUGAGGAUCCAACGAUUUUUAGGAUAGAAAUUUGCAAGCUUACUGAAAAGUAG